AUGGGCCUUCAACAAGAAAUCUCACUUUGUAAGUGGUGCCACCACCCUGCAGAAUCCUGUCAGACAACCACUGACAUGACAGAGCGCCUCUAUCAGCUGAGCAGAUCAAGGAGUACAAGGAAAUUUCUCUUUGAGAUGUUUGAUGAAGAGGGCAACGGGGAGGUGAAGACGGGGGAGCUGGAGCGGCUCAUGAGCCUGCUGGGUAUCAACCCCACCUCAAGAGUGGGAGCUGGCCCCGAUGCCAAGGACGUGGACAGAGACAACAAAGGGUUCUUCAACUGCGACGGUUUGGCACUAAUGGGGGUUUACCAUGAGAAGGCUCAGAACCAGGAGAGCGAGCUGAGGGCGGCAUUCCGCGCCUUCGACAAAGAGGGCAAGGGCUGGCAUUGGAUUGGAACAUCGCUCAAGUACGUGCUCAUGAAUGCAGAACCCCUCAAUGAGGUGGAGGCGGAGCAGAUGAUGGCGGAGGCUGACAAGGACGGGGACGGGACCAUUGACUAUGAGGAGUUUGUACAUGAUGUGACCGGGGAGUCCCUGCUGAUCCAGCAUGCGCAGCUGCUACAGUCAUGGAGGCCUGCCCGGAAGGCCACUGCCCCUGCCUCCCCUGCCCCCCUGCCACCCACUCCCCCAGUUCAGUAA